AAGUCUGACUGUCUCCUUCAAAGCCGCUAUGAAAGAGGUUGUUGUUGAUGUUGCUCCCAAGUGCAUCAAGGGUCUCGAGUUUGGGGCUCUUUCUGCUAAAGAUAUCGUUGCACAAUCCGAAGUGGAGGUUCAAACUAGAGAUUUAUAUGAUUUAGAGAAGAAUAGAUCGGCUAAAGUUGGUGGUGCUUUGGAUACUAAAAUGGGUGUUUCUUCUAAUUCGGGAGAAUGUGCCACUUGUUUUGGGAACUUGGCAUCAUGUCAUGGUCAUUUUGGUCAUAUAAGACUUGCAUUACCUGUUUUCCAUGUGGGAUAUUUUAAAGCCAUUAUUCAAGUUCUUCAGUCAAUUUGUAAGAGUUGUUCAGCAGUUCUUUUGGACGAACAGUCCAAGAGAAGCUUUUUAAAUGAUUUAAGAAGGCCAAAUAUUGAUAAUUUAAGAAGAAUGAAGAUAUUGAAAAAAGUAUUGGAACAAUGUAAAAAACAAAGAAGAUGUUUGAAAUGUAAUCAUGUGAAUGGGGUUGUUAAAAAGGCAGCAAGUGGUGCAGGUCCAGCUGCACUUAAAAUUGUUCAUGAUACUUUCCGUUGGAUUGGUAAAAAGGCCACUCCUGAAAAAGAACUUUGGGAUAAAGAAUUUGACGAAGUGUUUUUAAGAAAUCCAGAAUUAGAAAAAUUUAUUAAAAGAGUUCAUGAUGAUUUAAAUCCUUUGAAAGUUUUAAACCUUUUCAAACAAAUUUCUCCUUCCGAUUGUGAAUUAUUCGGGAUAGAUCCGGCAAGAGGUGGUAGACCUGAAACAUAUAUAUGGAGAUAUUUACCUGCUCCGCCUGUUUGUAUCAGACCAUCAGUUAUGAUGGAUGCCCAAUCCAAUGAAGAUGAUUUAACGGUCAAAUUAACUGAGGUUGUUUGGACUUCAUCUUUGAUCAAAGCCGGUAUCGAAAAGGGUAUUUCAAUCAAUAAUUUAAUGGAACAGUGGGAUUAUUUGCAAUUAUCGGUAGCCAUGUAUAUAAAUUCAGAUUCAGCUAAUCCUGCGCUACUCCCAAGUGCUGGUGGUGGUGGUUCCAAAGCCGCAAAACCAAUAAGAGGGUUUUGUCAAAGAUUAAAAGGUAAACAAGGUCGUUUCAGAGGUAAUUUAUCGGGUAAAAGAGUUGAUUUUUCAGGUAGAACUGUUAUCUCUCCUGAUCCUAAUUUACGAAUUGAUGAAGUGGCUGUUCCAGAUCGUGUCGCUAAAGUUUUAACUUAUCCAGAGAAAUGUACCCGUUACAACAAGUCAAAACUACAAAAAUUAAUUUUAAAUGGUCCCAAUGUUCAUCCUGGUGCUAAUUACCUUAUGAGACAGAAUGAAGUUGCUAAAAGAAAUUUAAGAUUUGGUGAUCGUGCUAAAUUAUCCAAAAAUUUACAAAUCGGUGAUGUUGUUGAAAGACAUAUCGAAGAUGGUGAUGUCGUUUUAUUUAAUAGACAACCCUCUUUACAUAGAUUAUCCAUUUUAUCACAUUACGCAAAGAUCAGACCUUGGAGAACUUUCCGUCUCAAUGAAUGUGUAUGUACUCCAUAUAAUGCUGAUUUUGAUGGUGAUGAAAUGAAUUUGCAUGUUCCUCAAACUGAAGAGGCAAGAGCUGAAGCUAUCAAUUUAAUGGGUGUCAAAAAUAACUUGCUUACCCCAAAAUCUGGUGAACCAAUCAUUGCAGCUACUCAAGAUUUCAUUACGGGUUCAUAUCUUAUUUCCCAUAAAGACUCCUUUUUUGACAGAGCUAGUUUGGUCCAAUUGUUGUCCAUGAUGUCUGACGCUGAUGUUCAAUUUGACAUACCACCUCCAACCAUCUUCAAACCUGUUAUGUUGUGGACUGGUAAACAAGUAUUCUCCUUAUUAAUUAAACCAAACAAGAGAUCAAACGUCGUUAUUAAUCUAGACGCUAAAAACAAAACUUAUAUUCCUCCUCCAAAAGGGUUACCAAAUGAAAUGUCACCUAACGAUGGUUAUGUCAUUAUCCGAGGCUCAAACAUUUUAAGUGGUGUCAUGGAUAAAUCUACUUUAGGUGAUGGUAAAAAGCAUUCAGUAUUCUAUACCAUAUUGCGUGAUUAUGGACCUGACGCAGCAGCCAUUGCAAUGAAUCGUAUGGCCAAAUUAUGUGCCAGAUAUCUCGGUAAUAGAGGGUUUUCCAUUGGUAUCAAUGAUGUGACUCCUGGUAGUGAUUUGAAAAAGAAAAAAGAAUUGAUGGUCGAAGCAGCUUAUCUUAAGUGUGAUGAAUUGAUUGAUUUAUAUAAUAGAGGUAAAUUAGAAACUCAACCUGGUUGUAAUGAAGAACAAACUUUAGAAGCCAAAAUCGGUGGUUUGUUAUCCAAGGUUAGAGAGCAAGUCGGGGAUGUGUGUAUCAAAGAGUUAGACUCUUUAAAUGCUCCAUUGAUUAUGGCAACCUGUGGUUCUAAAGGGUCUACCUUGAAUGUUUCACAAAUGGUGGCUGUCGUUGGUCAACAAAUUAUUUCUGGGAACAGAGUUCCAGAUGGUUUCCAAGACAGAUCUUUACCUCAUUUCACUAAAAAUUCUAAAACUCCUCAAUCAAAGGGUUUUGUUCGUAACUCUUUCUUCAGCGGUUUAACCCCACCAGAAUUCUUGUUUCACGCUAUUUCUGGUAGAGAAGGUUUAGUUGAUACUGCCGUUAAGACAGCAGAAACCGGUUAUAUGUCUAGAAGAUUGAUGAAGUCCUUAGAAGAUUUAUCUGCUCAAUAUGAUAACACUGUUCGUAAUUCUUCAAAUGGUAUUGUUCAAUUCACUUAUGGUGAUGAUGGUUUAGAUCCUUUCGAUAUGGAAGGUGAUGCAAAACCUGUUAAUUUUGCCCGUGAGUGGGAUCAUGCUUUUAAUGUGACUUUUGAUAAAAACGAAAUUGGUCUUUUACCAUAUGAAAUAAUAGAAUUGGUAGAUUCGAUUUUAGUUCCUUCGGAAGAAGCGUUAGUUAGAUAUGAUAAUGUUGGUAAGAUUGUGCCUUUAGAGGACUCUGAUAAAAUUGAAUAUAUUGACCAGCACGAUGCAGAACGUUCAUUCUAUAAAUCUAUCAGGGAAUUUACUACAAAGAAGGCUACUCAACUUGCUCAAAUCCGUGAACGUAAAUUUUUGAAGCCAUUCUUUACAAAACCUUCAGAAGACAACAUGAUAAUCGAUGACGAAGACCUACAAGUAAAUGCUGUCAACCAACUUUUGAAGAUUUCAUCAAAGUCAAUAGAAGCAUUUUUGAAACAAUGUAUGUUGAAAUAUUCUAAAGCUAAGGUUGAACCAGGUACUGCAGUUGGUGCUAUUGGUGCUCAUUCUAUUGGGGAACCAGGUACUCAAAUGACUUUAAAGACUUUCCAUUUUGCCGGUGUUGCCUCUAUGAAUGUUACUUUGGGUGUUCCUCGUAUUAAGGAAAUUAUCAAUGCUUCUAAAGUUAUCUCGACACCAAUUAUCAAUUCUGUUUUAGUUAACAGUGAAGAUGAAAUUGCUGCUCGUGUGGUUAAGGGUAGAGUUGAGAAGACCACAUUAAAAGAUGUUGCAUACUAUAUUGAAGAUGUUUAUAAAAAUGAAAUGGCAUACUUAUCUCUUAAAAUUGAUAUGAAGACAAUUGAAAAAUUACAAUUAGAACUCUCAAUUGAUAGUAUUGCUCAUGCCAUUGUAAACGCACCAAAAUUGAAAAUCUCACAAAGUGACGUUUCUAUUACUGGUAAAGAUAAAAUUAAUGUCUUGGUAACUCUUCGUGAGUCAAAGAGUGAAAGUUUGGCUAAGACUUUGUCAUCUGAUUAUAAGAGUUCUGACGCAAAUAACUCCUUGUUUUUCAGAAUGCAACAAUUAAAGAGACAAUUGCCAGAUAUCGUCAUCAAGGGGUUCCCAAAUAUUUCUCGUGCAGUUAUUAAUAUCAAAGAUGAUAAUAAGAGAGAAUUGUUAGUUGAAGGUUAUGGUUUGAAAGAUGUUAUGUGUACCGACGGUAUUGUCGGAGAGCAAACUACUACCAAUCAUGUUCUUGAAAUAUACGAAGUUUUGGGUAUUGAGGCCGCUAGGUCAUCUAUUGUCAGAGAAAUCGAUAAUACCAUGAGUGGUCAUGGUAUGAGUGUUGAUCCUCGUCAUAUUCAAUUGUUGGGUGAUGUCAUGACUUAUAAAGGUGAAGUUCUUGGUAUUACAAGAUUUGGUUUAAGUAAAAUGAGGGACUCUGUAUUACAAUUGGCAUCUUUCGAAAAAACCACUGAUCAUUUAUUCGAUGCAUCUUUCUACAUGAAGAUGGAUCAAAUCGAAGGUGUUUCUGAAUGUAUCAUUUUAGGUCAAACCAUGAGUAUUGGUACUGGUGCAUUCAAAUUAGUUAAGACUUCAAACUAUGAUAAGAAUCGUUUCAAACCUAAACCAACUUUGUUUGAAGGCUUAUGUGAAGUCUCAGCUGCUGCAUAAUAUAUAUAAUUGUAUAAUAAUGGUAUCAUAGUAAAUAUUAAUAUAAAUAAGUC